AUGACCUUUAAAAUUGUAAUUUUAGGAGAUGAAAGUCAAGUUUUCUUUAUCAUCAUUGUAUUAACAGCAGUUUUUUCGAAGAUACUUUCACAGACAACAACUUUAAGUGAUGAAGAAAAACAAAAGAAUAUAUAUGAACUUUUCUCUAAAAAUGAAUGUGGAAAACAUUAUUUUGCUAGAGUUGCAUUUAUUGGAAAGGAGGGAGUUGGAAAAACAAGUUUAAUGCGUAGAUUACUGUGGCAGAAAAAGAAAGAAGUGACUGCUCCCGGAAGUACAGAUGGUAUUGAAAUUGAGAAAUGUAAUAUCAAUGUUAAAACUGGGAAGUGGAGCCCAUGUGAAAAAAUACACGAUGAUCUUGACAAAUUAAUCAACCAAGUGUAUGCAAGGAAGAAUAGGAAAGUAGAAAGCGUGUCUGGACAACACAUUACAGAAACUGUCAUUGACGGAGAACAUUCCAGCAGUUACACAGAAAAGUCUCAAAAUGAAUUAGAAUUAGAUUGUGAACAACAGGAAAUAAUUCCUUCUAUAACUCAAAUAGCAGAAGUGAGUAGUCUGCAAAGUCAUGAUGAAAAUAAUGAUAGAGAUCUUAAAGAAACACUUCCUGAGGAAACAAACAACGAAAGUUCUGACUGUGAAGAGAAAUCAGUAACUGAAACCACAAAUGCAACAGUAAAUCCGGAAAAUCAAAUACAACUAGAUAACAUUAUAUUUGAACAUCCUAAUACAUAUUCAAUUGACUGUGAAAUACACAACAGCAAUGAAAAUGAACAUGACCAUGGCUUUGCAAAUGAAGAGAACAUAGAAGAAAUGACUUCUGCCAUAAUUCAACCAUUUAUUUACCAGAAGGAAUCUAAAAUCCAGGAUAUAUUUGCCUCUUGUUGGCUAUGGGAUUUUGCCGGUCAAAAGGAGUUUUAUGCUACUCAUCAAGUGUUUCUCUCAAGUGUUGCAGUUUUUGUACUAGUAACAGAUAGUUUAGAGUGUAUCACUGGUGAAACAACAUGGAAAGGUUUUAAAGAAUCAGCAUCGUAUGUAAGAUUCUGGAUUGAUGUCAUUCAUUGUUACUGGUCAAGUAGAGAAACAGAAGGCCGAUUAGACCCUCCAAUUAUAGUUGUAUGUACAAAUACAGAUAAAUAUAAGGAUAAAUCAGAACGACAAAAACAACAGAAACGUUUUUUAGAAUAUUUGUGUGAAGUGCUGUUUAAACAAGACAAGAAAGAUCAUUUGAGAAAAGUGUAUUUUGUUUCUAAUACGGAUGAUGCUGAUGAUGUUUUUGAAACGAUUAGAAAAGACAUAUCACGUCAAGCUAUGGGUAUGCUGCAUUGGGGUAGAGACUGUCCGUUGAAAUGGCUUUUGUUUCAACAAGUGUUAGGAAAGCUGAAGGAUAGCGGUGUGCCAAUUUCUACAACUGCCAAAUUGUUAAAAAUUUCAAUGCACGAGGAUAUUGGCAUAACCACCGAAGAAGAAUUCAAAUCAUGCCUUCAAUACUGCCAUGACAAUGGAACAGUUGUCUACUUUGAUGAGAAAACUUUGAAUGAUCAUGUUAUUUUGGACCCUAAAUGGUUGGUCGAUGCAUUUAGAUGUCUAGUAUCAGAUAAAAUGGAAUUUGACAGCAGCCUAGCCGAUGAUUGGCAUAUAUUAAAUGAAUAUGGAGAAUUGACGGAUUCACUUAUAUACCACCUGUUUAAGAAGGAACAAAAAAUGAACUUUUUAAAGAACAAAAUACAUUUACUUGAAGUUAUGAAAAAGUUUGAUAUCAUUGUAAACCUAAAAAAUUCUACUGUUUUAUACAUGCCAUGCAUGAUGAAGUCAUGCUCUUUUGAAGACGUCAAGAAACAGUUAGUUGGUGACAGUCAAUCUAUUCAUAAGACUAGCUGGUUAUGUUUAGAGUUUGAGUUUCUUCCUCCAGCUUUUUUCAAUCACAUUCUUGUAUGGUAUAUUAAACAGUUUUCUGUGACUGUUAUAUUAAAAAAAGAAACUCGUUACGAAAGGAAAGCAUUGUAUCGCCAGAUAGGUGUCUUUGAUUUAGAUUCGUCCAGAUGUGAACAAUUAGUAGUUUGUGAAGGAUCAAAUGUCAUCGCCCUCCAGAUAUGGAGUUCAAGAAUGCCCGAUCGAACAUAUGGAGAUUUCGGAAUAAACUUACUUCAAUUCAUUGAUACACUACGUGACCGCUACAGACUCAAAAUAGUCUAUGAAAAAGCAUUCAAGUGUAACGACGGAGACUUCACAAUCCAUAGGGAGAGAAUGAAUGAUUUGCUAUCUAAAGAAUACCGUUGCUUGGAACAUAAAAUAAAUCACACAUCACACGAAUUAGUAAAUCCCUGGGGAUUCAGUGCAGAAUUACAGGAGAUCACACUUAGACGGUGA